CGUCCGAACCGACGCCAUCUAACGUCUGGCAUUCCUGGAUUUUCGUGCGGUGCGGUGGAGCCACGGCAUUCUGUUGUGCGAGGCAUUUUGUCGUUCUAAUUAGUGUUUUUCGGCUGCUCAAGUGGAUUUUUCAUACGAAAUCGCGAUGUUGCAGUCGCAUCGUGUCGGAUGGUGGUAGGAAGAAAGUGAUUUGUGCGCGGGGAUAGUUAGUGGGAAGAUGAGUUAACCGUGGUGUGUGAAAGCAGCGGUCAACCUCCGAGCUGAGAUCAUUGCGAGAAAAGUGCAUACACCAGUCAACUUGCCCGGCGUGAGAGUUUAAGAGUUGGUGACAAUUGAUUGAGAAGGGGGGCAUGAGUGCAUCUGCAAUAAAGUCAUCAAUGCCAGGAGUAGGUGCAUCCCCGUCGUCCGCAGGCCACUCGAUGUUGCCGAUGAACAUGAUGGCCCAGAAGGUAGUUCCAGGAUCAGAGUCCGGCAGUGGAAUGAAGCCCUUGACCAGUAGUGGUCUGAGUUACGUCACGCUGCAGCCAGCGAACCACCCCCAGCAGCCACUCAGUCUCGUGCAAGAUCAUAGAGCUCCUGUCUAUCAGCCACCUCCCACCACCUACUCCACCAAUAAUGCCGAGAAGGAAGCCGAACCCGAAAAGGUCAUUGCCAAUGGCGUCGAGCCGACAAAAUCCGAAACUCAACAGGAUCAGGUAAUCCCAAAGCCGAGCGAAUCGAGCAGAAAUAAUAAUUUGAGUCCGGAAACUCCCGGCCAGGAGUCGUCGCAGUCUCAGGAGAAGAAGCAGUCAGGAGCGCAGUCCGAACCAGGAGCUCAGGCUGCUAAAUCCGAGGCACCAGCUGCUAGCAGCACUCCGGUCCAAAGUAAACCCGACGAGAAGAAAUUGUCCGUGAAUAAUGGAUCUAAGGACACGGAAGCGGCGCCAGCCUCGUCGCCAAAUAAAUUAAUAACGGCAUCGCAAAAGGUUGACGAAUCACCGAAGAGUGAUGCCCCAAAAGCAAAAGCCCAGGCCACGGCGGCUAAGCCAGUUGCGGAAAGUGCCACAACUGUUUCGCCGAAAUCGGAGGCCAAGGUGACCAGCUCGGCGAGGGCCACCAAGAGGAAACCGAAGGAGCCGAAGGACGUGAAGGGAGCAGCUGGCGGUGGCGGCCCGAAACCGAAGAGAAACCGCAUCAAAACACAACCUUACCAGAGUCCACUUCCGGAAAUUGCUAUGAUUGUCAAGACUCUGUCGAAACCUGUGUCUACCAAAGCUCCCGACGACAAGCUCAUCGUUUUUUACAAAAACGAGUUUUUGGCAGUACGAAAUACCGAGGGAAGUUUCUUCGUUUGCCAGGCUAUGCAAAAUAUUUAUAAGAGCAGCAGACGCAUUCGCAUUCGCUGGUUGUCCCAGGAUAAGAAUAACGGGGAAAUAUAUUCGCCUGACUUCUAUGAUCACACAGACUUCGACUGCAUAUUGACAAACCUGAACUUAAACAAAGUUGAGAAGAAUAAGUUCCAAUUGACCAAACUCGAACUGCUCCGCACUGAAAAUAUUUUAAAGAGGGCAAUUGAUGUCGAGGCCGGCGUUUCGGAAAAACCACGAGUCACUGAAGAGCAUCCAGACGGACUGGAUCUCUCGCUCUUUAAGGACGAAUCACAGCUCAAGAAAAGAAAACGCAACGCAGGCUCAAAGCAGAAUCGUUCAAAGAAGAAAGCGGCAGCCAGUGAACCGGCCGAAUCGAGCGACUCUGAAGAUGAGGAAGAUUCCGAUGAAGAUUCCGAGGAUGACGAAGAGGAGGCUGAAGCUGAGGCUGAAGAGGAGAAACCAGUGGUGAAAGUGGCCCCGGCUAAGAAGCCAAUGGCUAAAAAAGCGCUGGCAAUUGCAAAAACGGUGGCGAAGGGACCUAGUAGAAAAGAUCGUGCAUUAAACAGACGCCAAAAGUCCUCGCUCGAGGAUUCCAGUCCUGCUGUUUCUGCUGCUGCUGCUGCUACUUCUGCUGCCGCCACCGCCCCCGCGACCACCACCACUGCCGCCGCCGCCUCCAAAUCGGAAAAUGCGAAAAAGACGAGCCCGGAAGUGAAAAAAGACGAGGCCAAAAAAGCAGCAGUCAAGCCACAAAGCAACAAUACUAGCGGGGUUCCACGGACAAAGGCCCGUGGAGGUGCCGUGCAAAAUGUGCAGGAAAGCAAAAGUACGACGAGCCGCCCUAAGCGAGUGGCAACAACAGGUGUCGCACAACCAAGCACGGAAGAAGCUUCUUCGCGCAAGAAAUCACGUGGUCGAGCAUAAGGCGUUUCUUGCGUUUUGCGUACAACAAGUGUCUGCAUCGUAGAAAAUAUGUACACGACGCAAUAUUAAGCUCAAAAACAAACGAAAAAAAAACAAAAAUCAUUUAAAAGGACAUUUUCAGCCAGUUUUUGAACCAACUUCCGGUCCAAGAACCACCGGAUGGUCAUUGCGAAAUGAUAAGCGUCACGGAUGAGCUGAUUAUCCCACUGAUUUGUGCAUAUCGACUACGAAUCAGACUUUGAAAUCGAAAGAAAAUAAAGCAAGCUUGGAAGGCGACCAGUGUUGGGAAGAUACUUGAAAAAACAAUUUCUUAAUUGCUAAUAGUGUAUUCAAAUUUUAAAGCAAUCAAAUCGGAAUUAAUGUAUUUGUGUUACAUUGAAAUUCUGUUGAUUGGAACCA